AUGCCCGAGGAAGCACCCGUCGUCUCGCAUGGUCGCGGAGGCCAAGGUAAUAUCGGACACGACCCAACGCAGUACAUUGAUGGUGAAAUUGUCCGCGAAGGAAACUACGGCGACCAAGGCGAUGGCGCAUACUCUGCUGGUCGCGGCGGCGCAGGAAAUAUCGGUUCCCCAAUGGUUCGUCCAACUUCGAAAGUCCCGCACGAUGCGGAGAUGAUUCCCGAACUUGCAGUUCGGGAUUCAACUGAUGAGAAUUAUCAUGUUGGGCGUGGUGGACAGGGAAAUGUGCAUCUUGAUGCGGCUAGUAAGGAGAAAAAGGUUGCGCAUGAGGGGUUGGCCGAUCGAUUGAAGAAUAAGUUGUUUGGGAAGAAAUAA